UACUCUCCCUCCAUUUCCAAUGGACAAGUGCAGAGAAGAGAAUUCAAAACGCAGAAUAAUGUAUUCUUCAGAGCUGGGUUGCCCCUUAUUAGACAGGGCCAAUUCAGAAAAGUGCAGAGAAGAGAAUUCAGAAGGCAGAAUAAUGUAUUCUUCUCUCACAGAAGAGCUUGGUUGCCCCUUAUUAGACAGCGCCAAUUCAGCUCUCUGGAUAUCUGCUGCAGACAAUUUGGCAAAAAUGGCCAAAUUUUUUAAAAAACGUUUGCUUCCAUGUCUCUCAAAUCAACAAGCACAAGUCAUUCAGGGCUCUGUAGAAGACCAUUAUAUUCUGGACUGGGUAAUAGAUAACUGCGCUACUCAUAAAAUCAGGGCAUGUUAUCUCAAAGCCAGCAGAAACCCUGUUUUCUGCUGUAAAUCUUUUUACAAGGAAUGCGAUGGUGGCGAAAAUGCAGGUACGAUUUUCCAGAGUGAGCUGCAAAUAAUGCAUAGAUUGAGAAACCAGUGUGGAAUUGUAAAGCUGAAAGGUGGGUACGAGGAUUCCCAAUUCUUUCAUUUGGUAAUGGAGUACUGUAAGGAAGGAGAUCUGUGGCAUUUUGUGGAAAGAAAUGGAGGGCUUUGGAAUGCAGAAUAUGAAGCUUCUUGUAUUUUUAGACAGAUUGUGAACGCCAUUCAGAGCUGCCACAGAAUGGGCAUUCUUCAUGGGGAUAUUAAGUUGAGGAACGUUUUCCUAUCUUCCACAGGGCGGGACUGGGAGAUCAAAUUGGGAGAUUUCGGCAGUUCAAAGGUAUUUAGCAAAGGGGAGAUUUUCAAGGGUGAUAUAAUAGGAACGCUACCUUACAUGGCCCCUGAGAUAUUACAAUCCCAAGGAUACUGUGAAGCCGUGGACAUAUGGUCAGCUGGGGUGCUGCUUUACAAAUUGUUGUGUGGGUACUAUCCUUUUGGAGAGGUAGAGGAAGACAGCUUGACCCUUAAGCAUAAUAUUAUGUACAAAGCUGUUGAUGUAACUGGUGCUCCCUGGCAUAACAUUUCAGAUUCUGCCAAAGAUCUUAUAUCCAGAAUACUGAAGAGAAAUCCCUCUGAGAGGUUGACUGUCAAACAAAUUUUAGAGCAUGAAUGGCUAAAACAAGGAGGAUUGGAAAAUAUUGCCCGCAUCUUGCCUUGUUUUCCUAGUUACAGAGAUUCUAGAGUCUCUGUCUUUUACAGAGAUUCUAAAGAUUGUGACUUGAACUAUUACAGAGAUUCUAGAGAUUGUCACUUGAAAUAUUAUUUAACAAGAUAAUCAAUUUUUUAUAUUAA